AUGAAUCAAGAAAUCUACGAAGAACUGCUCUUCGCAAGAACUUUGAUAACCGACACUAAAGAUUUUGAAUCUAGGUUUGAGGAUAUUUUGACUAUGGUAAUACUACCGUGGAUAAUUAAUCCAUAUGGUGACAUAGAAGAAACGAGUGUCAUAAUGCAAGAGGAACUGACUGAACUAAGUACAAACGAAGAACUUAAGGUUCAGUUUAAAAACGGAUAUCAGCAAUUCUGGUUGCAAAACAACAUACCCGUUACUUAUCCCAAGAGACCUACACUGGACAGAAUGUUCGCUUCGACGUCACAAAGAAAUGAUGAUGGUUUGCGGGCGUCUUACAAUAUCUCGUUACUUAUAGCAAAAUCCGGAAAACCGCAUACUAUCGGAGAGAAGUUAAUUUUGCCAGCCGUUGAAGAGGUUUUAAAAACUGUUUUACACAAACCUGCAUCUGAUAUCAUUAAAAGAAUUCCCUUAAGCAACAAUACUGUUGAAAGACGUAUUGAUGAAAUGAGUUCUGAUAUUGAAAGCUUCUUAUGUAAUUAUUUGCAAACGACCCAUUUCUCUAUACAACUGGACGAGUCAACUUUACCUGAUAAUGCAGCAUUAUUAUUGGCAUAUUCGCUUUAUUAUGAAUCAAGAAAUCUACGAAGAACUGCUCUUCGCAAGAACUUUGAUAACCGACACUAA